UCUACUACCGAAGUUAUAUAUCUGCCCCCCGAAGCUAACAUUGGGUCCGAGGUCCCAGCCGGUCCUGGGCCGAGACAAGACCUCCAGGGCGUAGCCCAUUACAUACCCCCCUACUCUGCCCUCCUGAGGGCUCGCGCAGGCCUGUCCAUUCGGGCCUCUAGAUUUACUUCCUUGCUCUGGAGUUAUAGUUUAUCGCAGGGAGAGACCCGCUCCUAUACUUUAGGCGCUAGGCGUCUUUAUUAG